AUGGCUUAUGCUACGGGCUUCGGUUCUAUUUGCGCAGCCGAAUCCAAUACAAUGCUGACCGAUACGGUGUUAUUCACCUCAGGUGACAAACCAUACACCUGCUCCGCCUGUGGAGUCUCCUUCACCCAGGGUUCUUCACUGAAGUUGCACAUCAAAUCGCGACACCAUGACAACGCCAGCUACUUUUCGUUGACACGAAAACCUGGAAAGAAUAACCUCACCAAACUUUGGACCCGUGUGUUGAAGAAGGAUCUACCCAAAUACAACUCUUUGUUACCCCACUCCAUGAUCACCGUGAAUGAAAUGGCCACGAUCCGCUCAGCCAUAAAACCUGAGCUUUUGUGGUCUGGUUUUCAUGCUAUAUCCAGUCUAAAACACAAAGAAAGGCAUCCUGGAGAGAAAUACUUUGGAACUUUUGAUCGCUUAUCUACAGCCACGUCGCAGUUACAGGCAUCAAGUACGCCUAAACUUUCUUCCUCCGGUGAUAUGUACACCGAAAAUCGGACUGGCGGAGAAGAGCUUGCACCAGACACUACUUUACAACCAUUUGGUUCUCCGUAUGGGGAAGCUGACUUCAUGUACAAUUGGUCCCAAACCGCAAAUCUAAGCGGGCUCAGUUGUUCUACGCUUAUACCAAAGCACUCGUCCGAUAGAACAUGGGCACGAUUUCGGGUUGAGCAGCGAAAUACUAGAAAGAUCAAAAAGCGCAGAACCCUUCCAAUUGCGCUGAAGGCGAUUGAAAGAAAUGUCGACGGAGAGAACCCCGUUAACAAAGCAAGUAAUUCAGACAUUUUGCGACCGCAGACGGAUGCUACGUUUCCUGUAUUUGAUUCUCCAAAUUCUUCUGCCAACACCAUCGCAACAUGUGUCUCCGAUGACAACCACUCCGAGCUACGAAAGUUAGAUGCCAAUGAGCAACUAAAGCCUGAAUCCAAUGAAAUUGAAACGGAAUAUUUGCAAUGUGGGUUGAAACGCGCUGUCACCACCAAUACAGUAACAAGAGAAUGUCAUCCGUUUUCCAUCGCGGCAUUACAAACUUCCGCAGAAAAGCAUUUCGCCGGAUAA